GGAGGAGGAGGAGGCGGCUCGGAGCUAGGGGACCGGCUGCCGAGGCCUGACAGCAGCUUCCACCGAGUUUGUGCUUGAACCAUUCCACCUGAAACUAAAUCCUUGGGAAUCAUGAGCAGCUGCAGCAAUGAAGAGUUUGAAUUCACCUUCCUUGAUGAAGGUUUCACUGCCAAGGACAUUCUUGACCAGAAAAUAAAUGAAGUGUCAUCUUCUGAUGAUAAAGAUGCCUUCUAUGUGGCUGACCUUGGGGACAUAGUGAAGAAGCACCUGCGGUGGCACAAGGCCCUUCCUCGGGUGACUCCCUUCUAUGCUGUGAAGUGCAACGACAGCAGAGCUGUGGUGAAGACCCUGGCUGCCAUUGGGGCAGGCUUUGACUGUGCCAGCAAGACAGAGAUCCAGCUGGUGCAGAGCCUUGGGGUGCCUCCAGAGCGAAUCAUCUAUGCAAAUCCCUGCAAGCAAGUCUCCCAAAUCAAACAUGCUGCCAGCAGUGGUGUGCAGAUGAUGACCUUUGAUAGUGAAGUAGAGCUAAUGAAAGUUGCAAGGGCCCAUCCAAAAGCCAAGCUGGUCCUGCGCAUCACCACGGAUGACUCCAAGGCAGUUUGCCGCCUGAGCGUCAAAUUCGGAGCCACGCUCAAGGCGAGCAGGCUGCUGCUGGAGCGUGCCAGGGAGCUGCACCUUGCCAUUGUGGGAGUCAGUUUCCAUGUUGGCAGUGGAUGCACAGACCCAGAGACCUUUGUCCAGGCGAUCUCUGAUGCCCGCUGUGUGUUUGAUAUGGGAGCUGAACUUGGCUUCAGCAUGCAUCUGCUUGAUAUCGGUGGUGGCUUCCCCGGUUCUGAAGAUGUCAAGCUUAAAUUUGAAGAGAUCACAAGUGUCAUCAACCCAGCCCUGGAUAAGUACUUCCCUGUGGAUUCUGGUGUGAGGAUCAUUGCAGAGCCAGGCCGGUACUACGUCGCUUCAGCCUUCACGCUGGCAGUCAACAUCAUUGCCAAAAAGAUGGUGCUGAAGGAGCAAGCAGGUUCUGAUGAUGAGGAGGAGGCAGCUGACAAAACCCUGAUGUACUAUGUGAACGAUGGAGUCUAUGGAUCCUUCAACUGCAUCUUGUAUGACCAUGCCCACGUGAAGCCAGUUCUGCAGAAGCGGCCCAAGCCAGAGGAGAGCUGCUAUUGCUGCAGCAUCUGGGGCCCAACAUGCGACGGGCUGGACCGCAUCGUGGAGCGCUGCACCCUGCCCGAGCUGCAGGUGGGCGACUGGGUGCUGUUUGAGAACAUGGGAGCCUACACUGUGGCAGCAGCCUCCACCUUCAAUGGCUUCCAGAGGCCAGCAAUACACUAUGUGAUCUCCAGGCCAGCCUGGCAACUAAUGCAGCAGCUGAAGGAGCAAGGGUUCCUAGCUGAAGUGGAGGAGCAGGAUGUUGCUAGUCUGCCACUCUCCUGUGCCUGGGAAAGCGGAAUUGAAUAUCCAGCAACUUGUGCUUCAGCUAGUAUUAAUGUAUAGGUAAUAAUUAGUAAUUAACUGCAAGGUCAGUCGUGGAAUUUAGGGCAUUUGGGGGACCAUUAACUUAAUUCUUGCUAAAAUUUUAAAGUGGGGUUGUUUGGGGUUUUUAAAGCUUAGGUUUGGCACAAAUGAAACAAGGAUUAGGAGCUGGGUCACAAUUAUCUGUGUUCCUAUGGAAACUAUUUGAAUAUUGUUUUAUAUGGAUUUUUAUUCACUUUUCGUCUAUGCUACUCAAGACUGAUCCUCAACUGUCAGACAAGUAUUUGUAGCUUGUGUAUGACAGACUGGGCUGAGCUUAGUGUUUUGUGACC